AUGGAAGGGGAGUUUAUAGCCUCCGAGGCACUUGACUGGUCUAUAGGCUUCUUUGGUUUCGCCUUUGCAGGUACCCCCAAAUGGAGAAUUUUUCUAUGGAGAGCUAUCACAAAUGUUUUACCAACAAUUACUAACCUGGUUAAAAGGAGAGUGGAGAUCCCAAAUGUUUGCCCUGCUUGUGGUGUGCUUGAAGAGGAUGUUAUGCACAUUUUAUGCAAUUGUGUUUAUGCUAGACGUGUGUGGAAUAUUUCACAACUCCAAAUCCCUAACUUUGGUGAUCAUGAUUUUAUGCAGUGGGUGGAGCUUUGGUUGGGGAACUCAGCAACAUCUGCUGGUUUUAUAAAAGAUCAGAUUUGUGGAAUACUUUACGAGAUAUGGAGGGCUCGAAACAUGGCUAUUUGGGACCUUGCAUUACCAUCCCCGUUGCAUCUUUGUGUCUCGUUUCAUCACAUCUGGGCUGCCUGGUCAUCAACCACCGCCCACUCACGUACUGCCGUGUCACCGCCGACUGCCACCUUGCCGCAAUCUGUGACCGAACACCCGGCGAUGCAGCUGCCCCAAGACACAGUUGUAUGCAGUACAGACGCUGGCUUCUAUGGCUCACAGCACGCCCCGACCUUUAACUUCUAUAUACGCAACUUGGACAGCGUCUUUGUUGCAGAAGCUAAUGGACCCCUCUCUUGUCCGUAUGACCCCUCUUAG